UAGGGAGAUCAGUCUCUAAUUCGAUCACCAAACAAACGGUGUCCUGCUGCGAGUCUUUCGCGCCAAAAAAGAUGAGUUUGGAUUCUGCCAAAUCAGGUUCCAAUUCGAAGAGAAGCUUCAAUUCAACAAAUAGUAACAAGACUGGCGGUAACGAUUAUAACAACAACAACAACAAGAAGAAGAAGAAGGGAGAGGGAGGCAGUGGACAAAAAACCCUAGGCAUGGUUURGGGUUCUAAUUCUCGAUCUUCUUCUCGUUCUUCAUUUCGUAGUUCACCCUUCACCGAUUUUGGCAGUUACAUGGCAGUGAAGAACAAGAAACUACAUGAACAAUUUGAUGCUGAAGCUUCUAGCUCGUCUCAUGGUGGUUCUGGUUCCAAGAAACCUUUAUUUUAUGGGGUUUCUAUUUUUGUUGAUGGAUACACUGUCCCUUCUAGUCAGGAGUUGCGUGGUUACAUGUUGAAGCAUGGAGGUCGGUUUGAAAAUUACUUUUCAAGGCAGCGUGUUACUCAUAUAAUCUGCAGCAAUCUACCCAACAGCAAACUUAAGAAUUUGAGGUCCUUCAGUCAUGGGCUCCCAGUAGUGAAACCUACAUGGGUGUUGGAUUCUGUUGCUGCUGAUAAGUUGUUAAGCUGGGCUCCUUACCAACUUGAUCAGCUAGCUAGUGAAACUAAUAAUCAACCGAAGCUGUCAGCGUUCCUAGCUUUGAGAAGCAACCUGGUUCCAGUUGAUCCUACAAAUGGCGCCAUGACCUCAGAUAUUAAUAUUUCUGAAGUAAGUGAUUCUGCAGAAGAUAUAAAGCUACCUAAUCAGGAAUCUGAUUCUCAUGUGCAUAAUAGUUACGAUGAAGCAAAAGUUGAGGAACCAAUCUGCAGUAAUGAUUAUGAAAAGGAAGUUGCUGAAACAAAUGAGGUCGUAAUUGGUAUGCCCCUUGCAGAAAUGGAAUCCAAGUCUAGUCCCUGCCAACCUUCUGCAUCUGGAAGCAGCCGGUGUUCAGAUUUUCAAAAUAUUACAAAAUCAUCGUCAAUGGUUUCGGGAUCUUCUAACAAGGGCCCUUCAACUACUGUAGACCCAAAUUUUGUAGAGACUUACUUCAAGAACUCUAGACUGCACUUCAUAGGUACUUGGAGAAAUCGGUACCGCAAGCGCUUUCCCAGUUCAUCUGAUGGGUUUAGACCUUCAAGGUCCAUUAGUGCUUCAUCUACAUGUCAGAGAAAUACAGUUAUUCAUGUCGACAUGGAUUGUUUUUUUGUGUCGGUUGUGAUCAGGAAUCGCCCUGAACUGUGGGAUAAGCCAGUUGCCGUAUGCCAUUCUGAUAAUCCUCGUGGUACUUCUGAAAUUUCAUCAGCCAACUACCCUGCUCGAGCUCAUGGAGUAAGGGCUGGGAUCUUUGUUAGAGAUGCCAAAGCACUUUGUCCUCACCUUGUUAUUAUUCCUUAUGACUUUGAAGCUUACGAGGAGGUGGCUGAUCAGUUCUAUAGCAUAUUGCAUAAGCACUGUAACAAAGUGCAGGCUAUGAGUUGUGACGAAGCAAUUUUAGAUAUAUCCGAUAUGGAGGUGGAUGAUCCUCAGCUCUUAGUUUCAUUGAUACGAAAGGAGAUAUCUGCUACCACAGGAUGCACUGCAAGUGCUGGAAUAUCUGGCAAUAUGCUUAUGGCCCGCAUAGCUACAAGAAGUGCCAAGCCAGAUGGUCAGUGCUACCUUCCUCCUGAGAAGGUGAAUGAUUUUUUAGAGGAUCUUCCAAUUAAGGCGCUUCCAGGUAUUGGUCGUGCAAUAGAGGAGAAAUUGAAAGGGAGACAUGUUAAAACUUGUGGAGAGUUGCGGAUGAUAUCCAAGGAAUCUCUUCAAAAGGAUUUUGGACAGAAAACUGGUGAGAUGUUAUGGAAUUACUGUAGGGGGGUGGAUAAUCGGCUUGUUGGCAUGAUUCAGGAGAGCAAGUCUGUAGGUGCUGAAGUAAAUUGGGGUGUAAGGUUCAGAGACAUGAAAGAUUGCCAACAUUUUCUUCUGAGCCUUUGCAAGGAGGUCUCUUUGCGUCUACAUGGAUGUGGAGUACUAGGACGGACUUUUACGCUCAAGGUUAAGAAGAGAAAGACUGAUGAAGAGCCAGUAAAGUAUAUGGGCUGUGGGGACUGUGACAACCUGAGUCAUUCAUUGACGGUUCCAAUGGCUACUGAUGACGUGAAUGUUCUCCAGAGGAUAACUAAACAACUCUUCAGUCAUUUUCAUAUUGACGUCAUAGACAUACGGGGAAUUGGCCUGCAGGUUACAAAACUUGAAAGUGCAGACAAUUUUAAGCAAGGGAAUGAGAGGAGCUCUAUUCGCUCUUGGCUUUCAUCUGCUAGAGAAGGACAUGAAGUCUCUAGUUCAUCUAGAGAGAGGAGAAAUCAAGACAUAAAGGAGCAGAUUGGUGAUCACCUUUAUCCGUCAAGAAGUAAUUCAUCUGUCAGUGCUAAUUUGUUCAAUCGGGAAGCCAACCGCAGUUCAGAUGUCCCACCGUUGAGUGAACUUGAUUUAGAAGUUCUUGAGAGUCUUCCUCCUGAAAUUCUUUCUGAAAUGAAUGACUUGUACGGUGGAAAAUUGAAGGGCUUUAUAUUAAAACGUAAAUUUGAAGAUGUUGGUGUUGGCACUUCAUCCACUUUGUCCGGAAACGCUGAAGGGGUUAGAGAACAUUUUCGACCAGAAUUAGUAUAUAAUGUUGCUGCUGUUGCUUCAACUUCACAAAAUGUUGGUGUGAUGCCAUCAUCUUUGAGUCAAAUAGAUGCAUCAGUGUUGCAACAACUCCCCGAGGAAAUUAGAGAUGACAUACUUGAGGUUCUUCCUGCGCACAGGAAUCUGGAAACCGUGUCAAAUAACGAGGCUGAACCAAGGGAUUGUAGUUCAAGCAACCAGCUCUGGGUUGGAAACCCACCACAGUGGGUUGAGAAAUUCAAAUCCAGUGAUGGUCAGAUAUUGAGAUUUUUAUCAGAGACGUAUAGUGAAUUGGGGUCAUCGUGCAAUUUAUCUUCAGUAUUACUAAGAAGUGUUUCUGCAGUAUGUAUUGGUGAAAGUAACGGUGAGUGCGUUGAUGAGAUUAGUUGCUUAUAUGAGUUUCUAAAACAAUAUAUAGAUCUGAAAGUUGAAUCAGACCUUGAGGAGAUACACACAUGUUUUCGUCUUUUAAGAAGGUACACAUCUGAAAUAUACAGUUGCAUACUUUUUUUUUUGUAUUUGAUUGCUGCAUCAUCUCAUUGGUUUCGGCAUCAGAUUGAGUGGCAAGUCGGAACUUCUAUUACAAGUGUACAACAAAACCCUUACACACCUUCAGGAGUCCGUCAGCGAAAAAUAUGGUGGAACUCUCCAAAUCUAAGCAUGUAAAUAUAAUGUGGAGCAUAACAUGAUGCAACUUUGGACAAAGUGAACGAUGGUUCAAAGGCUACUGGCACCUGGUGAUUAUUCUUUUCUUUCUCAUAUAUGUUCUUUUUCCUCUUUUACCUUCAUAAUACUCACUAGUGUAUAUAAAAAGUGAUAUUUACUUAUUUGACCCAUAUCUGAUAUAGAUAAUCUAGAUUCUUAUCCUUGUAAUUUUUUUUAAUGACAAGUUCCUGUUUGGAU